GGUCAUUAGUUUUGUCCUUUCUGCCCUGCCGUAGGUCUGUCUUUUUUUUUUUCCCCUUUCCUCCCUUUGGGCUAACUACGAUGGAGCAGGCCGGGAGUUCCGCGGAGUCUCUUCGCUACGCGGAGUACGCAGCCCGGAGCGGCGGUGGCCGAGGGCCGGACAUCAACUAUGGUCUGGCCAAAUCUGUCAUUGGAGUCGGCCUGGGCAUCGCAGCUGUUGCUUUCGGAGGACGUUACGCAUUCCAGCUCUGGAAACCUUUCGAAGAACUCUUCUCCCAGGUAGCCAGGAACAUUUCAGCUACUACCGCUUCUUCGUAUUACAAAGGCGGAUUCGAAUCGAAAAUGAAUGUUCGGGAAGCUAGCCUUAUUUUAGGCAUAAGUCCAUCUGCCGGCAAGGCCAAGAUUAGAAAUGCUCACCGGAAAAUCAUGAUUCUGAACCACCCAGAUAAAGGUGGAUCUCCAUACCUGGCAACCAAAAUCAACGAAGCCAAGGAUCUGCUGGAAUCAAGCAGGAAAAAUUAGGGAUUUUCACCGCACCUCAGAAACUUUUCGGAAGCCACACAAGGACUUCUUUCUUACCCACAGCACGGAAAUCAAACUUUGGGCUUGUCAAUAAAGUGUCAGCCGAUUUGAGGACGCCGUUUCAGGGAGUUCAUAAUCAAAUCCGGGUUCCAUCCUUCAAAUCUCAUUUAUGGCCUCAGGGGGGACCUUAUCCUGGAAGUGUGAGACCGCGAUGCAGAAAAGUUAAGAUUGAUCAUCAUCAUCUUCAUUUAACCACCCCCCAUAAUCCCUCGCGGGGUGGUGUCUCUGCAACUGAAUGGAGUUAGCCGGGUUUUUAAUGGCCAGAUGCCUUUCCUGUUGCCAUUGCAGAGUUUUGUUCAGCAGAUAAAAUUCUCAUUGUGCCCAGAGAGAGAAAUGUCUGCCUCUAACCUAGGAUCGAACUCCUGCUCCAGCCUCCUGAUUGUGAGGAGACACACCACACCAAAAGUUAGGAUUGUUAUUCUCUAUUAAUACGUCAAAUCCAAGUUUUUAGUUUUUCAUCAGCAAAAAAAAUAAUAAUAAUGUUUUGUUUCCUUGGAAAAACCAGAAGCGUUGUAGAUUACAAUGAUUAGACUGUCUAAAUUUGAACUCCCGGCCCACCGUGAAAAUUAUAAAAUGGAUGCUUUAGACCUGUGAAUUUUCUCCCAUCGCACUCUUAGAGAAGUAAGCAGCUCCUCCUUUAUCUAAGCUACCUGUCUUGUUUUUAAUUUUAAAUAUUUUAAAGAUAUUUAUGUUCCUUAAAUGUUUUGGACAACA